GCAAUCUCACUCUACUGGUUUUAUCUUGCUUGUUUAUUUUCACACGAAACUCCCGCAACAUUUCGUGUCUUUCUUGCUUCUUCUCAUUUCCCUUUUUCUCUUCCUCUUUUCUACUCCUAUCUAAAACCAUGGAAGGCCACUUCAUUUUCCCAUAGUUUUUCGGAAUUUGCAGCUUCCAUUUCAUGGCUUCAACUAUGAAUAGUUUUUCGCUGUCACCGCCUCAUUUUGCUUCUAAUUUCGAGAGAAUUGCUCAAUCUAGAUAUUCAAUUAGGUGUUUAUCUGUGAAAGUUAAUGGUGCAGUGAAGGAGGAGAGGGGGAAGGUUGAUUUGGCCAGUGUGAUUGAGGGGAAGGGGAGCGAGAAGGAGGUAAAGUUGGAAGCUUUGUGGGAUGAUGGAUAUGGGACUGAAACUGUGCAAGAUUACCUUGAUUAUGCCGGAGAUAUAAUCAAGCCGGACGGUGGGCCGGUGCGGUGGUUCACCCCAAUCUCUUGUGAGCCCCAUUUGAGAGGCUCACCUCUGUUACUUUUCUUGCCUGGAAUAGAUGGUCUCGGACUCGGCCUUAGAGCACCCGCAACGCGGUGCCGUCGCCGUUCCUAUGCCGUUCCGGAGGAACGGUUUCGCGGCGGCACGCGUUGCAGCGUGCGUUCCGUCGCCAUUCCGUGCCGCCACCGUUCCCAUGCCGUAAUUGGUGUUAGUAAUUUAUAUGCUUCUAUUCCAAGCAACAGAGUCUAUCUUUAUUGGAAAUCAGAAUAUAAAAGCAUAUGUGGUAGCAGUAUGUAUCUUGUUCCAUUAGUUUGUUCAUUAUAA